AUGAGAAAGAAGGCACGGUUGAAGAGAUUGCAUAUCUCAUUAUACCAGGCUAUCGUGUCAAAGGUAAAAUCACAAAAGAAAGGAGAGUUUCAAGAUGACAACGUGUUGAGCGCUGAAGCAGGAAGAAAGAUAACCGAACGGGCGCAUAACUUGAUGUUCCAGCAGAGUGGAACUGAGAAGAAAGCAACUUACAAUGUGGAUGAGGCGUUGGUGAUUUCACGCGUCAUGCAACAGAUUCGUGACGAGGUGUACACAAGGGAUGGGGUGUCAUUUAUUCAGCAGCAUUAUCUUAACAAAGGAUUAAAGAUUUUCAAAGAACGGGGAAAAGAAGCUGCACUCAAGGAACUUGAUCAACUGAUCAAACGAAGUUGUUGGACACCCAUCAGCAUUGGUGAAUUGACUGAAUCCGAGAAGAGGAAAGCAGUCGAUGCAAUGAUGUUACUGGCAGAGAAAAACAGUGGUGAUAUCAAAGGUUGUUUUGUAUAUAAAGGAAAUGAGACAAGAGACUGGCUGUCUCAAGAGGACACAGCUAGCCCAACCACAUCGCAUGAAGGUAUCUGUUGCACAGGAGUGAUUGACGUGCACGAAGGUAGAUGCAUGAUGUCAAUGGACAUUCCGAAUGCAUUCAUUCAGACCUUGAUGCCAGAUUUAGGUGACGGAGAAGAUCGGGUGAUCAUGAAGGUAACUGGACUGAUGGUCCAAUAUAUGAUCAAUUUGGACCCGACCUAUCGCGAUUAUGUUGUUUAUGAGAAUGGCAAGAGCGUGAUCUAUGUUGUGAUCCUUUGUGCCAUAUAUGGGAUGUUGCAGGCCUUGUUGCUGUGGUAUCGAAAUCUGAGAGCUUCUCUAGAGGAGUAUGGCUUUGUUUUUAAUCGAUAUGAUCCCUGCAUUGCCAACAGAAUGGUUAAUGGCAAACAAUUGACAAUCAGGUUCCAUGUUGAUGACAUUUUGGCGAGUCACAUGGAACAACAAGUACUUGAAGAUUUUUCACAUGGGUGA